CAACUAAAGUAGUGACAAAGUGUCAUGUGAAUUCUUUUUUAUUUUCUUGCAGCAUUAUACAAUUCUGAAGAAUCUGUGUCAUUGGAUUCAACACUAAAAUGACUAAAUUUACUCUCCUAGCAGGGCUGGGCUUCCUGCUAACACUUCAGAUUGUGAACUCUGCAAAACUGGCGUGUUACAUUACCAACUGGUCCCAGUACAGACCAGGCAAUGGAAAGUUCACCCCAGACAAUGUUGAUCCCUUCCUCUGCACACAUGUGAUCUACUCUCUGGCCACCAUUAACUCCGUCAAUGAAAUUACAAACACUGAAUGGAAUGACGACAUCAUGUUCAAGUCUCUAAAUGCCUUAAAAACAAUAAAUCCCGCAUUGAAAACAAUGUUGUCUGUUGGAGGUUUGACCAACGGCAUCAGUCCAUUUAUUCAGAUGGUAUCAACUCCAGAAAACCGCAAGGCUUUCGUUCGCUCUGCAAUGUUGUACCUGCGCGCCCAUGGCUUUGAUGGCUUGGAGCUGGAUUGGGAGUAUCCUGGACAGAAUGGAAGUCCACCUGAUGACAAGCAGAGAUUCACCGAAUUGAUCAAGGAUCUGAGAAAAGCUAUCGAACAGGAAGCCUACGACACAAAGAACCCCCCUCUGAUUCUCUCUGCCAAGGUUGCUUCUGUAAAGUCCACUAUUGAGAGGGGUUAUGAGAUCCCUGAAAUUUCAAAACUGAUGGACUUCAUUACCGUCUUGUCCUACGACUACCAUGGGCACUGGGAUCCAGUGACUGGACACAACAGUCCUCUUUUUAAGAGCAACUUGGACAGUGGAAACGCCCUUGAACUCAAUGUCAACGCCUCAGUGACACACUGGCUGAAGGGAGGAGCUAUUCCUGCUAGACUUUUCAUUGUCCUCCCCACAUGGGGACGCACAUUCACCCUGUCCAGUUCAGAAACAGGUCUUGGUGCCCCAGCCAGCGGCCCCGCUGAUGCUGGUCCCUACACACGUGAUGCAGGCUACUGGUCCUAUUACGAGAUCUGCUCUAUGGUGAGUAAUGCCAAUGUGGAAUGGAUUGAUGAUCAGAAAGUCCCCUAUAUAGUUAAAGGAAAGGCCUGGGUGGGCUAUGAGAAUUUUGAAAGCUACACUGCUAAGGUGGAGUGGCUCAACUCCCUUGGUCUAGGUGGAGUCUCAGUGUAUUCGAUAGAUUUGGAUGAUUUUUCAGGGCGUUUCUGUUCCCAAGGAUCUUACCCUCUUGUCAACCAUUUGCGCAACUCACUAGGUUUCGGUCCCAAGCCCACCUCUCCACCACGACCCACCACAACUGCGAACCCCUCCACCUCCUUCUGUGUUGGUAAACCAGACGGGCUGUACCCUAAUGCAGCUGAUGAGACAACCUACUUCCACUGUUUCCGCGAAAACACAUACCUGCAACAUUGCCAGCCAGGUCUUGUCUUUGUUGACGAUUGCAAAUGUUGCGACUGGCCAUAAGCAGAUGAAACAAUCAAUAUAAAACACUGCUAAAUACAUUCAAAUGUAAAUUGAAACAAGGUUCAGUGUGUUGUUCUUAUGAAAGAAAAUCCACUUGUUUGUUUCAGUUUCAAUAAAAUAUAUAUAGCAGGCA